AUGAUUUUCACUUUCUCACUGACUGUUAGCGAUGCCACUGCAGCUGUCCACUCGGUGUCAUCUCUGGUCACUUCUCUUUCUAACAAUCCACCCAGCAUCCGCAUCACUUGUGAUGUGCCGACUACCUGGGCCGACUGGUGGGAAUACGACAAGAACUCGGACAGAGGUCCAGACCACUGGGGUAUUGUGAACAGAGACUGGCGAAUCUGCAGAGAUGGAAAAUUCCAAUCUCCAGUCGAUAUCCCCCCUCACAAGGUCAAAUUUGACCCCCUCCUUGCACAGUCGCUGCUUUACGUCUCAGGGACCAACAGCGUGUACGGUAACCUUGAGAACACGGGCCAGGAACUGCAGUUCAAAUUAGAUGAAAGACAAAGUGGAAUUGUCUCAUUAGACGGGGGUCCCCUAUCCUACUCCUAUAGACUUAGUCAUAUUAAGUUAAGAUACGGUACAGGCGAGACACAUGGGUCGGAACAUUCGGUCGACGGGUUCUACUUCGCGGCUGAGCUGCAGUUAUUUUUCUACAAUGACAAUCUCUAUUUGUCUUAUGACCAGGCUCUGGGAAAAGCACACGGCAUAGCAGCGGUCACAGUCUUUAUUCAGGAAAGUGACAACGAGACCAACUCUGAGUUCCAGCGUCUCUUCCACGGACUGAACAAAGUGGGGUUUAAAGGGGAGAAGAAACAAGUUGAGGGAGUGAGUGUGAGAGACCUACUCCCCCUAACCCACCAUUACAUUACAUACCAGGGGAGUCUAACAGCUCCCCCGUGUAGCGAAGGAGUCACGUGGAUACUGUACAAUAGGCCCAUAAAUAUACCUCGAUGGCAGAUCCGAAACCUGCGUUCUAAAAUAUCCCGCAACAAACCCCCACCCGAAGGAACAGCUCCUCGCGAGGCGGAACGUACACGGCUACCCAUGAUGGGAAAUACCCGCCCCCUUCAGCAGAGAGGGGGGAGGGGCAUGCAUUUAUGGACCAAUGUCAGAAGUAGAUUGGAGGGAGGUCAGGGUCCUGCCGCUUGUGCUUAUGGAGUGGGGGACCCCUCUAUCAUGAAAUACUCCAUGAAUACUUUGUACUCGCCUACAAUAUCAAACCCAGAAUAUCAACAGGAGCAGACAUCGUCAUCAGCUAGCCAAUCAGAGCCUUCCAAUUCUGUCGUCCAAUCACAAGCCAGCAACAACGAUUUCCAAACACUUCAUUUUAACCCUAUUCCAAUUGAAACGGAUAAUGGCGGAUAACCCGAUGCAAUUAUUACAACCGGUACAUUAUGGCAAUAAUUUGACCUUUGCUAAACUUAAACUAGAGUUUAAGGUCAUUUGUCAUAAGAACAAAUGUGCUACGACGCCAAGAGAAAGUGCCUUCCUUAAAGCCAUGAAACGAAAAAAAUACACCUAAAUGGCUGAAAACAUUCUUUAUUUCUGUUUCGAAAAGUUGCACAAUAGCCAAAAAACAGUUCAAAACUUGAGUAGAAAGAAAACUUUCAUAACGAAGGCAGUAUAAUAAAAAAAACUGUUAAAUUUGAAUUUUAAAUUCCUUUUUUGAAAAUUUAAUUUCGAAAUUGUUUAGUUACACCAGUUUUAUACACAAAGAUUCUAUUUUUUGUCAUGUUGA